CGGUCCAAAACAAAUUAAAAAUUUAUAAAAUAUCCUUAACUAACCCCCAAGAUAUAAUCAAAUAAAAACUAUAGCUAGGGCAAGUAAGGGUCGAUCCCACGGAGAAAAUUUGUACUUUUUAAAACCAAUUUAGCAUGCAAACACAUUGUCACAAAAAAAAUAAAAUUAACUACUACACGCAUAAUAAAACUUAUAACUAAAUAAAUAUAAAAACUUAUAAAUAUAACUUAAAUAAACAAAGAACUUAUAAUAUAACUUAUAAACACAAAACACAUACUUAAGAUAUACUAAAAAGAUUUUAAUAUCAAGCAAUGGUUGUUUAGGCAGCAUCUAGAUAAUAUGUGGAUGGCCAGUUCUAGAAAACAAAAUUCUAAGGUAACCUAGAAGGACUUCAAACAUUCUAAGGUCAUUUUUAUACCAAGAAAAGAGCAUAAGACUCAAUGCGAGUUUAAAAAGUAUACACUUGCCAUCUUUCAGGAUAAAGCCCCAAGAAAAACAAUGAUGUUUUUGGGUCAAUUUUGAAAACAAUGCUCUAAAUAAGAAGAUUUGCACUAAGAAUGAAAAUAUUUGGACCCGAAACCUUUUUUUUUUUUUGAAAAAAAAUUGCCCAAAAUAUGAUUUCCCAACAAAUAAGAUAAUCGUGAGAAACUCCCCCCACACUUAAAUUAUGCAUAGUCCUCGAUGCAUCUAUAUGGUAUGCAAAUAUUAAGCAAGCACGGACUUAGCAAAGAGAGAAGGGGAAAGGGAAAUGCAACUAAAAAACAAAGUAUACGCAGCAUCAACUAAUCACUUUUCCCUCCUCAAAGUGCUCGAUGGACCUAAAAUCUGCAAAACAUGACUAAGACCAAGUCUUUUAGCUUUGAAGAGAGAAAAAUCAGAUUUAAAGAAUGUAGAUAUCAAGCUUCAAAUUUGGUUCUGGAAACAAAUUCUUGUGCCUUUUUGCACUUUUCAAAACAAAAUGCUGCAUAUGAGAAGGUUAGUUAUGUCAUGCAUGUGCAAAGCAGCUCAUAUGCAUCUAUUAAACCUCAUAAUUCAGCACAUAUGCAUCUGAUGAACACAAAAUCAGAUUGAACACCAAGAAAAGAUUGCAAAUUUUUUUCCUAUUUCAGCACCUAUAAGCUGUAAAAAGUGUAAAAUUUGCAUUUCGCACUCAAAAAAUCAGCUUACAAGUCCAAAAAUAACUUUUCAAAGUGCAGAACUUUUCAUUAGUAUCCAAAAAUCAGCCUUAAGAGUGCAGAAUUUUCAAUUUUCAGCCCAAAAAUGAUCAAAUGUAAACACCCAAGGCUUCUAGAAACAGAAAAUUGACAAUAUACCAAUACCCGGGGGCUUAGAACUCCUGUUCCAAAACAGAUUUUGCACCAUUUUUGCGCAGAUUUUUAUUCCAAACACCUAUGCUUCCACCUAAAACUCAGCAAAUCUUGCAAAAAGCUCUCAAAGUAGAUGGUUAGAAGCACAAGUAAUAAAACAAUUAAUCUCAACAAGAUCGCUUUUAUUUGUUAUACACUUUAAAUAAAAACUAAAUGAAAGAGAAAAGAAAAAAAAUAUUCCUAUAGUUACAACAAGUAAUAUUACAUCAAUUCGGGAAAAAAAAAUUAGAAAAGUAAGUUGGUUAUUAAAAAAAAUAAUAAUCUAAUUAAUGACCACAAGGGAAAAUAAGUACAACAACAAGUUAAAGAAGUUAGAAGUAAGCAAGAAAUUUAGAGAAAAAUUAAAAAAUGAUAUAAAAGUAAGUGAGUUAUGUUAAAAAAAAGAAGGAAAAAAAAUGCAAUCAACAAUUAUAAGACAAGAAGAAAAAUAGAACAAUUACUAGAAGUUAGAAGUAAUUUAAAAAAAACGCUUGAAAAGUAAAUGGGUUGCCUCCCAUAAGCCGCCCGAUUUAACGUCAAUGGCUUGACACAGUUUACUACUUGCAAACAUACAUGCAAAUAAACCAUGAAGUAGUAAAGAGAAGUAAAAGUGUUUCUUUAAAACACUCAGAGAAAGUAAAAACAACGGAAGCCGAAAUUCAGAACCCAAGUGCAGAUUGUAAGCUUCAAAUCAGUAUUUAGAAACAGUUUUCUGCAUUUUUGCACUUUGACAUCAAAACUCAGCAUAUAAGGGUCAAAUUUAGAUUGCAAAGACAAGCUAAAUACCCUUCAAGUCAGUUCCUAUGCAUGUAUUUAACAAUUAAAGUGCAUAAUUCAGCAAGUAGGCAUCUUAGGAACUCAAAUUCAGCAUGAAAAGCAAGAAAAGAUGUUGCAGAUU